GGACGGGUAAAUGUUGUUUAUGGAAUUGCAUUAAUGUCCGAGCUGUCUUGAAGGAUUUUAUUCAUAUAACUUUAGAUUGUUCAAGAGUUUCUCCAUGAACAACCUGAAUGAUCCACCUAGAUGGAAUAUUAGACCAGAUCCAGCCCAAGGAGAUGAUGGGGGUAGAUGGAAUUAUGCCCUGCUGGUGCCAAUGAUUGGUCUGGCAGCAUUUCGAUGGAUAUGGACACGAGAAUCACAGAAACAGAUCCAAGAUGUGAAAGAUAAGUACAACAGCGACAUGGCAGCUAUCACCAAAGACCUGGAGAUGAAGUACAGAGACACGCUGAUGGAAAACCGACGGACGGCGGUACAUCUGGAGGUGGAGCUUGAGAAGGAGCGCCAGCGUGUGAAGGGCUACAGGAAGGCUCUGAUCUCUCAGAGCCAGCAGCUCAUGGAGGAACGCAAGCAGCUUCAACAAGAACGGCAAGAUCUGGAGCAAGAGAAGAACUGGCUGCUCCAGUCUGGCGUGGCUGAGGUGGCACUACAGAAAGCCCUGAAACAAGAGGAGGAGUGGCAGCGCAGAGCUCAAACUCUCCUACAGGAACUAGAGGAGAAGCUAGUAGAGAGGCAGGAAGCAUUCUGCAGCAUCCUUUUGCCACGGGAACAACGUCUGGAGAUGGAGAAGAACCUGCUGCUGAAGGCUGCCAAAGACCCUGUGGGUGCAGGGCUGAAUCUAGAGGGGGAUCUCGGGGACAUUUUUAAGAAUGACAGACACUGUGCAGAUUUGCUUAACACGGAUAAGCGCAAGAAUGGCAGUUUGAUGUGGCUGUAUCUCAGGUACUGGCAGCUGCAGGUCACUCUGCAGACACACAAGAGGGCAGAGAAGACACUCAAAGGAGGGCCACCGAACUCCAACAGACCUUGAUGCAGGAACAGAUGAUAGAAUCAUUGAAUCACAGAUCUCUGUGAAACAAUAUCUUCCUGCUGUUUUCCUUCGCUAAUCUAACUUAUUGCCAUAAUUUUUCAAUUAACUAUUUAUGAUGCCAAACCUUUGUGGAAACCUUUUGAGCCUGUUAAAGGGAUACCUUACCCAAAACCCACCCUUGUAUUGUUCUGACCCUGUAUUAUUUUCUUUCUUCCAUGAAACACAAAAGGUGAUGUUAGGCAGAAUGUCAACAUUCAGUUUCAUUCUAUGGAGAAUGGGUGCAAAAAAAGGUGCAAUGAAUGUGAAUGGUGAUUGAGGUUAACAUUCUGCCUAAAAUGUCCUUUUGUGUUUCACAGAACAACAAGAGGGUAAGUAAAUUAUGACAGAAUUUUCAUUUUUUAAACUAUCCCUAGUCCUUGACAAUCAUAUCUGAACAUGCAGCUGCAAAAUGAUUCUAUUGUGUCAGGAAUAAAGUUUAUCUUAAUAAUUUGUUGUUCUUUUUGUUUGUUGAAAUUAAAACAUUUUGUUGUUCAAGUUGUUCUUACGCUUUCAUGUUUUUUACAUUAUUUAUGAACUUAGUUAAGUUAAUUGGAUUUAUUAAUUUUUAGUAUGAAGUCAGAUGAGUCAUUAUUAAUAUAUACAUGACAUGUGAACAAGCUGUUACUGGCAUUUAUGAUCAAUAUAUAACCAUUCUGAAAU